CAGCCAACAACAAGGCACAUUUGUUUUUAAAAUGGCAGUCAGAUUACUGGAAGCCGGGUUCGACGAAAACAUAAGUCCAGUAAUUGAUCCCUGCCUUAAGCUCAAGGCAUAAACCUUUGUUAAACGUUCUGAUAUCUUAUAUUUUACUUGAUGUCUUCUUGGGCUGGAUUUACGGACGAGGAGCUCUCCCGCUUAAGGCAGCAGAAUGUACCAGAAGGGGAUACCUCAUUCGGAGGGCGAAAGAAAGCGACGAUAAACUCUGCAAAAAGACAGCGACCUCGCGAGAAAAUACGGUCAAGAACGCCUUCAUCAGAAGUGAAACCACCACUUGAUGGAAGGAAAGAAAAUGCAGAGGAAAAAAGCUCCACAUUAGGACGAAAUAGAACUGCUUCUGAUAGUAAUGAAAAGGCAGCGAGGCAAAUUGAAACAAGAGAUGAAGAGAGAGAAAAUUCCUCGCCAGAAUGCGAACGACGUGUUUAUAAGAACAAGGAAAUACCUGAAGAAGCUCCCCCACAAAGAAAGGACGUGCAGAAAACAGAUAACCUUCAGGAAAGUAAAGGGACAGAGGUUGAUUACGUGGCCGAGAAAGAUGCGAUCAAUGAUCUCCCAGAAAUAAUCGACGAGAGUGACAGGUAGGUCUUAAAUUAAAUCAGGUUUAAAGGGAAUGCUAAUAUAGGCUUAGAUUAUACUAAAAAAGUUCAUCGAAUGGUGUUUUGUUUUAUUUUAUCAGGCUCUAUUUUAUACUCUUUCCUUUUCCUGCGCUUAAUGUGAUUUAAACAUUAAGCUUAAAUUAAAUUUGCAUGAAUUCCACGAUGACUCUAUCCGGUAUCCUAGAAACGUCAGUGUCAAUUUUAUUUUGACUUGUCUAGUUUUCGAUAAUUUCUUUUUCUUGUGCAUGAAAUAAUAUAUGUGUUAUGGCAGUGAUGGAUAACCUGUACAUGUCCUGAAUAAUCAGUCACACUACGUGCAUAAAAAAACGUUUUUGUUCAUCCAAAAUAUUUUGAGGAUGUUAUCUGCAAAAAAAGACCAAAGGCACCCUCCAAGAUCUUUCUUCAAGAGCUUUGCAUAUUCUUCUUUUUUUGGUAUGUUCCUUAUUAUGGUUGUUUCACUUAUAUUGCUAGCCAAUGUACAGACAUCCCCCCUCCCUUAGGAAAAAUCGGGAGAGGAGGUCUCUUCUCCCAAUUUUUCCUGAGGGAGAGGGGACGUCUGUACACAGGCUAUUAUAUUGCUUAACUCAGAAUUUGAAAUCUCCAGCCUGCUGUAAGUUUAGUGCUUUCUGGCAUAAUUGUAUUGCCAAAGCUGUUGCUUUCUGUUGAGCAGAAAGAAUGGGUGGGGGUUUUCCCUUGUAUAAGCUGUAAUGUUUAUGUAUACUGAAAGGUAUAGUUUUUGAACCAUUUUUCUCGGAAGUUGGAUACAGAUUAAAUCUUUUUGGGGAUUCACAUAGGGCAAGGUUUUGUUCUCUCUGCUUGGAACAGGGUCUGGAAUUGGGUAUUUUUUUAUCAUUUAUCUCUCAGGAAGAGUGAUUCAGCUCGGCAGUGAGGUAGCGAACUUCCCACAUUUCCCCUGAAAUAGGCUAACGGUCUCAGGGCAUAUACUGCACACCCUUACCCAAAUUUUCCAGGAGUUAUCCACCAACCCUUUUGGAUUCUUGUAUUGUGUGAUUAGCUUAAGCAGUGAUGAUAACAACAGUCCGUCGGUGGUGAAAAUGUUUCUUAAAAAGUGAAUUCACACUGUUUCAUAAUUCAUUGCUGAUAUUCCGCGUUGUUUAAUUUUUAAGUGUUGUUAAACUCCUCCAAAGUUGAAUUUUAAAGAAAUGUAUCUAAGUUUUAAAAAAAGAAUUAGAGAACCAUUGUCUUCUGUUCAUGUGCUCAACAAAACAUGAAAUUAGGUAGUUUCAUGUCGUGGUUGUGCAACGAUGGCAAAGAAAUGUACAAGAAAGCAUGAUGCACCUAUAGCUUUUUUGCCGUUCUCAUUGCUGUUGUCGUGUUUUCUGAAGUUCCCUAUUAAGUCUAAUAAAAUCCGUUCCAUUAUUGCACAAUAAACUGAUCUGUUUGGUUCAACAAAAUGUCAUUGGAUGAAUGAUGUGAAUCUUCCACCCCAAGCAAGAACAAGGCAGUUUCAGCAUUAGCUCUUAGGCAAAUACAAAAUAAGAUCUACCUAAAGGAGGUUUUUGUGAGCCCGCCAGACUGAGCAGCCCCCACAAAACCUUGUUUUCACUAAAACCGCUGUCCACAAAACCUCCCUUAAGUCGAUAUUACAUUGUCACAACCUGGAACUGUAGCUCUUGUGGCCAACAAAAGUGUCCAUUUCUUUCUCAGCCCUGUCUAAUAUUUUUUCAUUGUUUAGAGCUUUAAUGUUUGUUGUGGUUUUUAGAAUACAGGCCAUUGAACUGUCUGCUUUGGAGAAGAUGCAAGAGAAACAAAAGCAAAUAGAACAAGAGAACAAAAGAAAGAAGGCAGCUUUACAGGAAACAAUAAAGAAAAGGUGAAUUCACAAAAAUGAAAACAUGGAUUUUGGAGACUUUGUUGAAGAUAUUUAUUAAAAUGGAGGAUGAUGCUUCGAAUGGUAGUUGUGCUAAUUGUUUGAGUACCUCCGCUUACUUCACACAUAACUGAUAUCACAAGGUCGUGCUAGGUCAAGAAAAGAAAAUGUAUAAAGGGCCCAUUAAGUAGCUGUUGCAUCCCCUUGUCUCCAGAUUACUUAAUUCCCAGUAAUAAUCAAUGAUGAAGUCUUGCAAGGUGAUCUUAACUUUUGAGUUUGUGGAGGAAAUCUACAGUGUGACCAUUCAAACAAAAUCUCUUUAGCAUAUUUUCACAUGGUAAUAUUAAUGCUUUUCAGCAUUUGACAAGAGUGAAAUGUGAAAUGCUGCUGUAUUUUAAAUUUCAGCCCUUUUGCAUGUAAAAGGGUUAAAUAGAACUUUUACACACUGAUAAUGUAUUUAGUUGCAUGUUACAGUCAAAACGACAAAACAAUGAACACUUGAAAUAUUUCAAGAAUGUUUAUAACUGGUUUGACCAACCACAGCAAAGAUCAGGACUUGCAAGCAAGCCACAAAACCGCCGGUUAUUGUCACAGUAAUCUUUGCCGUAGUGCUUUAUCCCCUUUGACUCCUCAUUUAUUACUUUUUGCUUCAGAUAUCAGAAAACCCAGGCUGAAGCACAAACUCUUUCACUGGUUCAGAAAGAACUGAGUCAUCUUGACAGCCUUCUGUCUGCUGAUGUAGCAAUUCUUAGGGAUAAAAUAGAGGAAAGUAGUAGAGAAUAUCUUCAAGCACAGUAAGUAACUGCAACAUAUUUAGGGGGCAAAGUACUUAUCAUGAAAUGUUACAUUACCUUUCCUGUAGUGUAAAUGAUUGAUGAUUAGUUUUCUUGUACAAACGUAACACAAAAAUAUUAGCAGUGUGUGUGCAUGAUGUAAUAUAGGCAAAAUGCCUUUUAAAACACUGUGGAAAAAGUUUGCAUUUUGGUUCAGUGGGUAGUGUACAUGUAUGAACAUUGUGCUCCUAUUCUCCUUUUAAUUGCUUUUGGUUAAGUUGGCUUAAAGAAAAAAGUUUGAAACAAAGUAAAAAUUAAAGUUUGAGCUAUGGGUAAAAUUGAAUGGCAAUGUAUAUACUUCAAGACUUCAAUUUGAUAUUAUUAUUAUGUUUUUUAUUAAAUCUGUUCUCAGGUUAAACCAGAAUAUUUUCUUUCUGUUAUGAAGAAAAACUAUACCCCGGGUGCUAGGGUUUUUUUCUUUCUUUCCUAAUUCCUGAUAGUCUGCAGCAAAGCCGCAACAGCAAGGCGCCAAGCGCAGAGAGAGAAAAAAAGUGUCUCAAGAAGAAAAAGUUCAGUCAUUCUAUUGACAAAGAAACAUUGAUUUAAAAACAAACUGUACAUUUUAAGUAUCUCAUUUAAAAAAUGGUCGACCAUUACCAUACGAGAAAUAAGUUCAGUCCUUGUGCGUAGUAAGAUCAGAUAUCUGCAUGCUACAAAGACUAAUAUUACACCUGCAUGUUUUUUAGUCUAAACAUAUUUGUGGCGUUGAAUCAAAGUUGACUUGAGUGAUCCCUAAUUAAGAUAUUAUUUCUAUUUGCAGAAAAAGAUAUGAAAAGGCUGAGCAUGAAUUUGUUGAGGCAAAGAUGGAUUUACAUAGAAAAACGGAGCGUAAGGACUUGCUAACGGAACACCUUUACACCAUCAUUAGAGAAAACGAACUAAGAAAGGCCAGGAAACUAGAAGAACUCAUGGCAAAGCUCAAUGUGUCCCCUGACCAUAUACCUCUUGUGCAACAAACAGAUUUUCUUGAGGUUGGGAAUGAUGAGUCAAGGACCAAACAGGACAGUGCGGAAAUUUCUGUGUUACAAGAAGAAAAAGCGAGUGUUCCAAAGCAAGGGAUGGAUUCUGAAUCAAAGGACUCUUGUCAGGUUACUAGUGGGGAAGGGACAACUACCAGUAAGGAAAACACGGAGGGUAAUACUCCAGGGGACUCGGGGAAUGAUGGCCUUGAAGAGAGCGAUGAUACCGUCACAAGCUAGCUGAUUUUAUCGUCUUGUCCCGACUGUAAUUUUACUGUUUGCAAAUGAGGGAGGACCCUGAUAAAAUGCUUUGCAGUUUACCCCACAGAUGAAAGGAGCAGGGGUUUUAACAUGAAAAACUUGAAGGGAAUCUCCUUUGUUAUGACAAAUUGACCUUAAGGUUGCAAUUGGUAAAACGGUGGAGAGACCUAAAGGACUCUGAACUUGAUAAAUCUAACAAAUCUUCAUGCUUUCCAUAUUUAUACUCCUAAAUAUUUUAUAGUAUUCAUAAUGUGAUCCAGAAUGUUCUUAGAGUUGGUGUAUUAUUCAUAGUUUGGGUUUUUAUAGGUGUAUUUUCUUAUGAAAAUUCAUAAAGUACAGCUU